GACGAGUCUCGGAGCAGGAGCAAAACGAAACUGAAAGAAUUGUAAAAAAGAAUAAGGAUUUGUUUUUAACCGAUCAGAAACAAGCCAUCGUCCAAGACAUUAAAAAUAAUUUUCAACAAGCCCGGGCUGUAAUUUUCUACAAUUUUCACCACGCCGAAAACCGCAAACUCUUCAAAUUAAAAAAAGAAUUAAAAAAGCAGGCUAAUGCGUUCAUUUUUUGCCAAGGGGACGAAUAUGAACCCUUAAACAUUCUUAAUCAGUUCGCUAAGCGUCAUUCCGAAGGAACUUAUGGGACUAAUAAUUUCGGAAAAAGAAGAGAAGAAAUAACUGAUUUAAAUCUAGAUAUCAUUAGUAUCCGUUGUAGCAAUAGUAGUAGCAAAAAUUGUUUAGAAGGCCAUUUAGAUUUCAGUAAUUUUGUGAAUUUAGAAAAACUAAGUUGUUCUAAUAAUUUAUUAACUAGUAUUGAUUUAAGUGAAUGUUCAAAAAUUAAAUCCUUAUAUUGUCACACAAAUAAUUUAACCACUGUUGAUUUUCUUAACAGUUUACCGCAUCCCGAAAAAUUAGAAAUAUUAGUAAUUUACAAUAAUAAUAUUCAAUCCACCAACAUUGAAGUAUUUAGUAAACACAAUAAAUUCUAUGGUUCUUUUAAAUCUUACCAAAACUUAAUUAAAUUAAAUGACAUUUGCAUUGAAGCCACUGACAUUAAUGAAGGAUUAGAAUAUUUGCCGGAAAGUUUAGCUAAAGAAACCAAAGAGAGAGGACGUAAGCAAAAAUUAAUCCAAGACUUAGAAACUAAAAUUCAACAAACUCAGCAAGAACUCCAAGCAACUAAACAAGACCAAACUGAUAAAACCAAAAAAAUUGAAAGAUUGGAACAAAAAGUCCAACUAUUAGAAGAAGCCAAAACCAAACUAAAAGUUGAAUUAGAAAAAGAACAGCAACAACAUAAUAAAACCAAAACUAACUUCCAGUCCCAAUUACGGGACUUAGCCACCAUACUGUUUCCCAGUAAUAGCAAUAUUAGUAAUCUUUCUUUUGCUGCUUUGAAAAAUGAAACCCAAAAAAUCAAAGAGAAAAAUCAAGAAUUAAAACUGGCUUUGAGUGAAGAGCAAAAAGUCUUAACCGAGAAAGAAGCAGAAAUUAAUUGA